UCUGCAGAUCUUGUAUUUAUUUAUUUAUAGACCGCUUUCAUUGUAUUUUUUUGCAAAUAAGGCAGUGAACAUAUACAACACACCUUCCUCCUUCCACUUUCCCCACACAAUAACCCUGCGGAGGUGGAUUGGGCUGAGAGAAUGUGACUGACCAGAGGUCACCCAGUGGCUUUCAUGGCUAGGGCAGGACUUGAACUUGGAGUCUCCUGCUUUCUAACCUGGUGCCUUGAAUACUAGGCCAAACCGGUUCUUUCUGCAUUAUUGUGGAGAAAUAAUAUAAUUUUGUUAAUCAAUAGAAUUAGCGUUGCUAUGAAGAGAGAAUGAAUAAUACUAAAUUCUACAAAGACCAAAACGUAUCAAAAUUUAAGCCUGAUUUGGAUCACUAUAUAUACCCAUUCCUCAUUUUUUAAAAAUACAAUAUAUAAUGCUCUGAUUUCGUUUUUAAUCUAUAACAAGGAGAACUAGAACCAUGAAUUUAAAGAUCAUUUCAUGCUCUAUAAGAAAAGCCCAAGUUCUUUUUGUAAAUAAAUAUAUAUAUAUAUAUUCCAGCCAAUAAGAUCGAUUUGAAAAGAGAGCAAAAGGAAUGCAGGGCUAUAUACCCAAUUUUUUUUAAAAAAAACCCUUCCUCUUUUUAAAAUCUCUGAGGUUUGGGCCUUCAUAAAGAGCUGUCUGCUGAAUCGCAUAAUGCAAUACCUGUUCCUCUGGCUUAACGUUGGUGUUCUCACACCACAGGAUUGGUUCAUAUUAUUCCGAGAUGCAUUACCAUUUGCUCCCCAGUGCUGGAUUGCCCCUGCUAAGUCAAAAGACACUCCUGCUUUCUUUAAUUACAUGUUUGGCUUCGAUUGCUUUGUUUUUUUGUUUUCUUUUUGCCCUUUCUUCUGGGACUGAGUCAUGACUCUUUGCAGGUAAAUACGGGGCUACUCGGUGAGGGGACCCACACAUUUGGCUUCCAAGGUGGGCAUCUUUUAACACCUAAACAGAGUCUCGAAACUCAUGACGUCCAAGCUCGCUGUGGUCCUUCAGAAGACAAUGAGAGCUCAAACUUGCCAAGGAAUGUCAGGGCCACUCCAAGGACGCCAUUUGAAGCGCACUGUUUUCAUUCCAGACCAAAUGACGACACUCACAGCUGCAAAAGAUACUCGUGGGGAAAGGAUGGGGGUGAUCUUGGAGAGAAGACCAGUCACUCCCCCAAUGCUCAUGAGGAAGAGAGAAAACUCUCAGGUCUGCUUUUCCUCCACGGGGCACUUUGGAUUUCCUAUGGGAAUCAUUGCAGGAGGAGAACUGGGUUAGUCUAGGGUAACCCAAGUUUCUUUUCGAACUAGCAAAUGCUAGCAAAGGGCACACACUUCAGGCACAGCAGCUGUGCAUCUGCCGAAGUGAACUGCAGUUCAUGGAAGUUUCUGCUUUUUAAUAACAAUUGUUAGCCUGGAAAGGGGCUAUCAUGCAAUUCCUUCUGAACAGAACCAAAUACUGUCCUACUUUCCAUGCCAGAAAGGGCCAGAAAUAUAUAGAUAGCAAUCAGCAAAGGGGAACCUCCUUUUGAAAAGGUGCUGAAUUCCAUGUCAUCUUCUGAUUUCUGGGUCCUAAGAAGAAGUGGACCUCCCUACCAUCAUGUCUUUUGCUGAAGGAAUAACACACUGAUAAAUUGUAACAACACCUAGGCAUCUUUACCCAAUCCUGCCGAAGGAUUGCAGAAGGCAAAAUGCUGUGCCCAGGAGUGGGAGUGAUUGGGUGAAGAGCAUGUUAAUUCAGGAUUCUAGAGUGCAAAACAAGUUUAUCUGAAGUUUCAGAAAUUCCUUCCUUCCUUCCUUCCUUCCUUCCUUCCUUCCUUUUCUUUCUUUCUUUCCUUUCUUUUACUUUCUUUCUUUUUUGCAGUGGCUCUUCCUCAUUUGCUACAUCCACGUUUGAGACUAAAUUUAUUUCUUACCAGACCUCGUUUCUGCACUAACCAUCACUAGCAGCAUAAUCUUAUGCUGGUUUGUUUUGAAAUCUGUUUUAAUCAGAGGCAUAACACCGUAAUUAGUCAAAAAGCAUGACACCCAUGUAUCCUAAAACUACCCAACGAAAUGUUAGCCUUAGAUAUUGUGCAAAACCUCUGCCCACAUAAUUUAUGGUUCAAGGUGUCAAGAACAUUGGGUAAUGUCAUGCACGAUGUUAAUCAUGGACAUGUCACGCAAACACAGAUCUUGGGUUUCAGCUGCUUAGAGUGGGGUAUCUGUCCACCCUCUUUUAAGCCUGGCACACUCACUCUCACUGAAAACUUCUCUCCACCCACAAACGAGGCUGCAAGAUCUACUUUUGUGACCGGAGCCAGGAGCUCCGGUUGCUGCGCUCCACGGAACUUCCUUGCUCUAUAAAGGUAUUUUAGAAUAAGGCAAUCCUAUCCAAGCCUCGUUUGGGUGCGCUUGGGACGACGGGACGCGAAAAGGACCCGUCUUCUUAACAGGAGCGCAAAUCAGUCCAUGCAUUUGGCUUGGAGAGGGGGGAGGGGGAAAGGAGAAAAAAAAAGAACCUUCUCUUCCCAAACCGGAGGUGCCGAAGGAAUUUGGGAAUCUGGAAUGCCAGAGGCUUCCAUCCAAGCCCGGAUCACCCCACUCGGGGUUUGGGAAAACCCAACUGGGGCUCAGGAGAAAAGAUCAUACGCACGCCCAACUUUGCCCCGGCCGCAAAGACGCCCCACCCCUCGUGGCGAGCCCGGGCCAACCAGCCCUUGCUCCCACCUCCUCUCCUCCUCGAAUCGCGCCGUGGUGUCGCCUUGUUAUGAAUGGCCAAGGCUCCGGGAAGUACAGACGCUCCGCGAACGCCUUACUUUGAGGCUGGAGCCAGCCAGCAAGCGAGCCCUCUCCGAGCGCCGGAGCGAAUAGCACAGAGCGCACAGCGGACAGCGCACAGCAAGCAGGCGGUGAAUGACCUCUCUCUCUCUCUCUCUCUUUCUGUGCUUGCGCUGCGCCGCUCCGCCCCUAUAAAUAACUGAGCGCAAAGGAACUUUCCCAAGUCAAGAGACUUUCAGAAGGAGAAGACACUCGGCACCUACCGCCAAAUGGUCCGGAGGAACCAGCAGCAGCAGGAGCGGUCGGCCGGCAGCUGCAGCGUCUAAGCAACCCUUCGCGAUUUUCAAUUUCAAUUUUUAUUUUUUUUGAUUUGAAGAAGGGGGCCCUCUCAAGCCCCUUCCCCUCCCCGCCCCCCGAUUUCGGACAGGAGUUUCAGGAGCAAAAGGCAAAGGAAGGCUAAAGAGGAAUUGCCGGCGUCUCCUCGGUCGGCGCUUGCAACGUCCCCGCCCUCUCGCUUCUGGAGGCAUUGGAGAGGGGGGGUGUCUCCGGUGGCCGAGGUUCCCCUUCGCCCCCGCCGCUCCCCUCCUUUUGCUUUCAUGCAACGCCUGGUAGCCUGGGAUCAGGCAUGCCACCCCCUUCAGCCCGCGGCCUUUAAAUCCAUGGAAGUGGCUAAUUUCUAUUACGAGGCGGACUGUCUGGCUGCUCUGAACAAGCUGCACCCCCGGGCGGCGGGGGCCCGCUCCAUGACCGAGCUCACCGUGGGGGAUCACGAGAGAGCCAUCGACUUCAGCCCUUACCUGGACCCUUUAGCAUCGCAGCCGCCGCCGCCGCAACAGCAACAGCAACAGCAGCCGCCGCCGCCUCCUUCCACGGCAGCAGGGGGCAACUUUGAGCCUGUUUGCAGCAGCGGCGGGAGCAGCGGCCAAGAUUUCCUCUCCGAUCUCUUCUCCGAGCAGGACUAUAAAGGCGGCGGGAAGAAGCACCCCGACUACGCUUACAUCAGCCUAAGCCGACACAGCCACCACUCGGGCGUCGGACAGAACCACAAAACCGGGCCGCUGCUGGGUUGUUUCCCGCCGCAGAUGGUCGAGACCAAAGUGGAGCCGGUCUUCGAGCACUUGGAUUCUUGCAAAGGGGCCCGCAAGGAAGAAAGCGGCGGCGGCGGCGGCGGAGGAGGAGCAGGGCCCGGCCUGGGGGGAAUGUCCUCGCCUUACGGCAGCACCGUCCGCUCCUAUUUGGGCUACCAGUCCGUGCCGAGCGGGAGCAGCGGGAACCUCUCCACCUCGUCGUCUUCCAGCCCGCCCGGCACCCCGAACCCGUCCGAUUCCUCGAAGUCCGCCUCGGUCGGAGGAGGAAGUGGCGGCGGCGGCGGCGUUUACCCGGCAGGCCCCAGUGGAGGCGGCGGCGGCAGCGGCAGCGGCAAGAACAAGUCCAAGAAGUGCGUGGACAAGCACAGCGAGGAGUACAAGAUCCGCCGCGAGAGGAACAACAUCGCCGUGCGCAAGAGCCGCGACAAAGCCAAGAUGCGCAACCUGGAGACGCAGCACAAAGUCUUGGAACUGACGGCCGAGAACGAGCGGCUCCAAAAGAAAGUCGAGCAGCUCUCCCGGGAACUCAGCACCCUCAGGAACUUGUUCAAACAGCUGCCCGAGCCGCUUUUGGCCUCCUCCGGACAUUGCUAGCCUUUUUUCCCCGUUGACCCUCCCCCCCUCCUCUCCCCCGUACAGCUGGACGCCGCUGGAAACAACGCUGUGUGGGGUUUGGGCAGGCGAAGGGUUACGGGGGGGGGGAGGGGAAGGAAUGGAGCGGUGCGCGCGCGUGUAUGUGUGUAUGUGUGA